AAACUACAGAAGAAAAUGGUGGGAGGUCAAAAGAAAACUAAACACACAAGAGCGGUUGUGCGAUCAGAUCGAUCUAAGAUGGCGACUGUGGAACCGGAAACCAACCCUACUCCUAAUCCUCCACCUGCAGAAGAGGAGAAAACAGAAUCCAACCAGGAGGUUGCUAACCCAGAACACUAUAUUAAACAUCCGCUUCAAAACAGAUGGGCGCUCUGGUUUUUUAAAAAUGAUAAAAGUAAAACUUGGCAAGCAAAUCUUCGACUGAUCUCUAAGUUUGAUACUGUUGAAGACUUUUGGGCUCUAUACAACCAUAUUCAGUUGUCCAGUAAUUUAAUGCCUGGCUGUGACUACUCACUUUUUAAGGAUGGUAUUGAACCCAUGUGGGAAGAUGAGAAAAACAAGCGGGGAGGACGAUGGCUAAUCACACUGAACAAACAGCAGAGGCGAAGUGAUCUGGACCGUUUUUGGCUAGAAACACUGCUUUGCCUUAUUGGAGAAUCAUUUGAUGACUACAGUGAUGAUGUGUGUGGAGCUGUUGUUAAUGUUAGAGCUAAAGGUGAUAAGAUAGUGAUAUGGACUACUGAAUGUGAAAACAGAGAGGCUGUUCAACAUAUAGGGAGAGUAUACAAGGAAAGGUUAGGACUUCCUCCAAAGAUAGUGAUUGGUUAUCAGUCCCAUGCUGACACAGCUACUAAGAGCGGCUCCACCACUAAAAAUAGGUUUGUUGUUUAAGAAGACACCUUCUGAGUAUUCUCAUAGGAGACUGCGUCAAGCAAUCGAGAUUUGGGAGCUGAACCAAAGCCUCUUCAAAAGCAGAGUGGACUGCAUUUAAAUUUGAUUCCAUCUAAAUGUUGCUAAGAUAUAAGAGAAGUCUCAUUCGCCUUUGUCUUGUACCUCUGUUUUUUCCCCCUCCCCAGAGUAUCCACUAUCCCAAUCAAAGUAUUACAGUACACAUCAUCCCCAGAAUCCAUAAAUGUGUUCCUGGUUCGCUCUGUAAUAGUUUAGUACAAUUACCAUGACAAACACAUUUUACCCAUUCACAAUAUUCAAAAAAGAGCUUGUGUUUCUGUAACAGGAAAAAAAUGUUAUGUUCUGUUGUAUGGAGGAACAUAUUUUGCUGGUUUGAAAGAGUAUGAUGCAUACAGUUUUCUAGCAAUUUUCUUUGUUUCUUUUUACAGCAUUGUCUUUGCUGUAACCUUUGCUGGUGGCUGCUAGUUUUAAUUUAUUUGUUUCCCUACUUGAUAACAUUAGUGAUUCUGAUUUCAGGUUUUCAUUUGCUUUGCUUUUGGUUUUUCCUCAUGUAACAUUGGUAAAGGAUCCAGGAGUAUAACACAAGGGUGGAAUAAACAUUAAUUUUGUGUGUUAUUUGGUAAUUUUUUUUAUAACUACAAAGCUUUGCUACAAAUUUAUGCAUUUCAUUCAAAUCAGUGAUCUAUGUUUGUAUGAUUGCCUAAACACAAUUGUGGAUUAUAGAAAAUGUAACAUCAUAAUUACAUUCCUAACUAGAAGUAGAAUGUCUGUUUUUGUAUCUUUAUGCUGUAUUUUAAUACUUUGUAUUACUUAGGUUAUUUUGCUUUGGUUAAAGAAGGCUCAAGUAGAAAAGCGGUCCCAUUCAUAUUAAGACAGUGUACAAAACUGUAAAUAAAAUGUGUACAGUGAAUUGUCUUUUAGACAUCUAGAUUUGUCCUUUUAUUUUUCCAUCUCUGUAGAAGGAA